AUGUUCCGGACAUACACCACAAUCCCUCGUCGCCUGCCACCAACUCUGCAGCACACCAUGCUAUACUCGCAAGCCGUGACCGGGCGCCAGCCCCCAGUACCAUCAACCUCCAAUACGUCAACAAGAGCACAAUCCGCCUCACCAAAUACACCACGUCCAGGAACAACCUCACAAACCCACACCAAAACAGCCCCAACUACCACCCAUCACCACCAAAGCCCACCCCGCCCAAGACACCAGCCCAACCCAGACCACAAACCACGCACCGCCAGCCCAGAGGCAUCCGUCUACGUGCUAACACUGACCACAACCCCCUCCCUCUCAGAGCCGCUCAACGCCCUGCGGGAAGCCCACUUCCCAGCCCACCUGAACCGCACCCCAGCGCACCUGACGCUCUUCCACGCCCUGCCGGGGUCGGAGAUGCCGCGCAUCACCGCCGCGCUGGAGGAGCUCUGCGGCGCGCAGCGGCCCCUGCGCCUGGCGACGGGGAGGGCGUUCCGCAUGCGGCGCGGGGUGGGCAUCGGCGUCGCGGACGGGGGCCCACGGGCGGCUGCACAGCAGCUGCACGGCGCGCUGCAGGGCCGCUGGUGGGACGUGCUGAGCGAGCAGGACCGGAGCGGGUGGCGGCCGCACUGGACGGUGCAGAACAAGGCUGCGGACGAGGCGGCCGUGGACGCGGCGAUGGGGGAGGUGCGGUCCGGGUUCCGCGGCGCUGAGGGCGUGGCGACGGGGUGUGCGCUGUGGCGGUACGAGAAGGGUGGGAGGUGGACUUAUGAGCGGAGGUUUGACUUUGACGGGGACAAGUAG